AUGGACGAUUUCGUCAACUCCCAGAACUGGCAAUUGCCGCCGACACCCGAUCCAAAUGCAACGCCUAGUCCCGGGUUGCCUACCAACAUGGACAUGGAAUCGCCAGUUAGCACUGAUGAGUACGAGAUCAACGAUAUGGAGCCCGCUCAAGGGAGGGGCAAGGGCAAGGGUAAGGUUGCCGAUGAGGAUGGGCCGAAGAAGUAUAGUCCGCAGGAGACAAUGUGGUUGGCCAAGAACUUUGUCGACGUCUCCGAGGACGCUGUGAUCCGGCAACCAGCAAACCGGCAAAGUGUUCUGGCAACGGAUUGUAGAGAACUACGCAAGCAUUGGGGUCGGGUCCAGGCGGAGAUGAACAAGUGGAAUGGCAAGUGGACUAACGUAGUCCGGAUGUGGCCGAGCGGGCAUAUCGAGAUGGACCUUGUGGACAAGGCCAAGGAAGAUUUCUUCGCUGACGGGAAGAAGCACUUCAAGUACUUCGACGUUUGGAAGCCUGUUGAGAAGAGCCCGAAGUACACCGGUGGGGUAGAAGCGGCAACGAAGAGAACCAAAGUUUCCACCGCCGGACACUACUCUUCGAGCGAAGGAGGUCCGCCAAUCGACCUCAACGUGACAGACGACGACUUCUUCCUCUCAUCUCCUGGUACUCAAAGCCGUCCGAUAGGCACAAAGGCGGCAAAGAGGAAAACAAAGAGGAAGGCAACUGCGAGCUACUCCGCUAUGCCGCCGCCACCGCCGCCAAUCCUUCAUGGACAAGAUAUCAGACUCUAUGUCGAAUAUGAGUAUUACGUUGCGGAUGGGCCUGCUGACGGAGUUGACAUCGAGGGAUACCUCGUCAAUGUCGGAGUACGAGCUCGAAUUGCACCGUGA